GGAGGAGGAGAAGCCGCCGCCCCCCCCCCCCCCCUUCCCUUUCCCCUCCCGCAAGCGAGAGAGCGAGCUCGAGCUCGAGAGAGAUGGCGAAGUCGUGCAAGGGUUUGGCCAUGGAGCUCGUCAAGUGCCUCAGCGAGACGGACUGCGUCAAGGUGCAGAAGAGGCCGUACAAGGAGUGCGCCGGGGAGAAGGUCCCCAACAUCACCAGCGAGUGCGUCGGCCUCAGGGAGACCUACUUCAACUGCAAGAGGGGCCAGGUUGACAUGCGAGCUCGGAUACGUGGCAACAAGGGAUAUUAAUGGUGUGAUCACGGACCCCCUAUCCAAAUUUUACCUUUUUAUCCAAGUUGCAAUCAGCGACGUCAAGGCAUUUGUGUUAUAUUGAUACUUUUGGUCGUAAUGUAGAUUCAUCUGUGUUUUCUUUUGAUAGGAGAGAGGUACCAAUUCAACGCACACGAGUAAUUUCCGUUGAUUGUUUGAACCUUUGUUCAUCUCGGAAUUAUUUGAUCAUGUUGUAGUUUUGCUUUUUGUCUAUUAUGGAAGAGAAGAACAAGUUCGAAGCGCACUAGAGUUGUCUUGAAUGAUUGAUAGGUGGACCUCUGUGUCUUUUAUCUGACUGUUUGGAAAGGCUGUUUCAUUAUACCAAAUAUGUUCUGGUGGUAUCCUUUUUUGUUUUUUUGUGAAAAGGCAAGCGAAUUGUCCUCUGUAUUAAUUAAAGGAGGAGUAAAAAGAGUUGCAAUACAUACAGGGUUCAGGUGGUAUCCUGUUGCAACAUAUGUUCAGAAGACAGAAAAUCGGUUCACUGUUUAGCUGAUUCACCUGAUAACUUGAGAACAGAGUGUUCACCUUGUUGAAAUAAAGAUUACACCUGGGUUGGAAGUU